GAACUCCCCGGCUGAACUCCACAGAUCUUCUGAUUUCACACCACUGUGAGUGAACUGGGGUGAAUACUGUGAUCAUGAAGAACCAGAACAGUGAUCAGGUCGUGACCCAGAUUCUGGGUGAUGCUCCGACCGCCAGAAAAGCUCUGGUGGACAAUUACACAAAUCUGCUGAAGGUGGCGCAGUUCUGCCACGACAACUACUUGCAGUCAGGUGACAACAGUACGGUGGCGCUAGAGGAGACCAAGAACUUCACCACCCAGUCACUGGCCAGCAUCGCCUACCAGAUCAGCACUCUGGCCAAUAAUGUGCUGAGUCUGCUUGAGGCUCAGACCAAUCAGCUGUGUCGUAUGGAGUCGUCCAUCAACCUCAUUGGACAGACAGUGGAGAUGCACAAGGAGAAAGUGUCACGGAGGGAGAUCGGUGUUUUCACGUCUGUGCGACGACUUCCACGUGGCAUGAAGGUCCUUCCUCCUGCUUCGACUCCUGCAGGUGUCCAGAAACGCCCUACUUACAGUCGCCAGCCAAUCAACUUCCAGAUGCUGGACCACCUUGGCCAUGGUGUGAAGGUCUCUGGAAAGAAGGACAAAACAGAAAGCAUCUGUCAAUUUAGCGCCUCCUUCAGGUCUAACAAAGCUCCAGAGCCAGAACAGUGCUCAGUGUCGCCUGCUGGCAGCUCCAGUUUUGGAAAACCUGUGGCUCCACCCACAAUUCCCACCACUCUGCUGGCUAAUCCUCCUGAUGACAUCAUCACGUCAGUGUUGAAUGAUGCCCCUCCUCUUCCUGCCCAGGAUGAGAUCACAGCUCAGGUUGAUGAUUUCAUGAACACCCCUGCCCUGCCUCCACCACCUCCUCCUCCUUCUGAUUUCGAUGACAUCAUAACACCGCAGCCGCCUUCAGAUGUUCCACCAGCCCCUCCCCUCCACCUGGAGACAGUGGUGGAGGAAAGCAGUUCCCUGCCUCCCUCACCCCCGCCACCUCCUGCUGAUGAGGUCAUGUUCUAUUCACUGUCCAAUGGAGACGACGAGCUGCCAGCCCCGCCCCCUCCUCCGCCUCCUCAGGAACUAGAUGAUCUGGAGAUUCCUCUCCUGCCUCCUCCUCUCUCCUUGGAUGUAGAAGAGUUCGAUGACAUCACAAGUUCCUUCCCUCCGCCACUGGUUAACGAUAGCGACGCCGAGCCACAUUAUCUGGAGAAAGUGGUGGCGCUGUACAGCUACACGGCCGCAAACCCUGAGGAGCUGACACUGACUGAGGGUGACGUUGUCUACCUGACGCAUCGCCACAGUGACGGUUGGUGCCAAGGAUUUCUGGAUGGAAACCAGGGCUUCUUCCCAGAAAGCUACGUUCAGUCACAGGACUAGAACCAACAGAGGCAGCCUUUCAUCUUUUACUGGUUUUUGAUUGAAGCUUCAACCCCACGGUGAUGAAUACAUUAAUGUAUGAAUUAAUGAGUAUUAACUUUGAUGGGUUUACGUUUAAAACAGUAUUUAAUAUCAUGGACUUAUUUAAGAUUCAGAUUCAAUUUAAAAUAUUAGUUAAAAUUCACAUUUUUUACCUUUAAGGAUCACUUCAGAGUAUAUAUUUUUUGAAGACCAGAAAUGUAUUUUUAUAGAACUGAACAGUGUUAGGCUGUGGAGAGACUUUUACAGAUUUAUACUGAUAACUAAGUGGUUAUUAUUAACCAAUCUAUUAUUAACCACUAAUUUAAAUGUUUUUUAAAAAUAAAUUCAAGUAGUAGGUA